AUGGCAGCAGCAGCAGAUCCGACUCCAUGCGCAGCACAGCAGCUGCAGCAGCUGCUGCUGCAGGAGCUCCCCGCCUCUUCUGCUGCAGCAGAGCAGCAGCAGGGGGCCUCCAUAGCAGACUGGCCUGCUGCUGAUGGGGCUGCUGUGGGGGGCCCCUCAGAUGCUGUGAAGCGGCUGCAGCACAGCAGAGGUGCAGCAGCAAGAGCAGCAGCAGCACCGUUUGCUGCUGCUCUGUGCGGUAUACGCAGCAGCGAUGGCAGCAGCAGCAGCGCAGCAGCAGCAGACAGCAGCAAAAGCUGCAGCAGCACCAGUCAGCCUGUCAGUAGCCCUUCUGCUUCGGAGGUAGCAGCAGCAGCAGCAGCAGAAAUAGACGAUGAUGAUUUCCUGCUGCAGCAGCAGCACAGCAGCAACGGCAGCAGCAGCAGCAGCACUGGCAGCAGGUUAGCAUCACGACGCCCUCUGGCUCUGCAACCGGGUCUGGCGUCUCCUGCUGCUGCAGCAGCAGCAGCAGCAGCAGCAGCAGCAGCUUCUUGUCGCCCCUCUCCUUCUGCUGCUUCUGAGGCCAGCUCAGCAUCCCUCACCCGCAACACGAGAGCCUCAACGCGGCCGAAGCGGCAGCUAUCACGGCGUGAUGGAGAGCAGCAGCAGCAGCAGCAGCAGCAGCAGCAGCAGCAGCUCUGCAGCAACAUGGGCAGCAGCAUCAGCAGCAGCAAACACCAAAAACGCUCCAAUCAGCAGCAAGCAAGAAGCCGUCGUUCUUCUUCUCUCGAUCAGCAUGCAUUAGAUGCUGCUGCUGCUGCUGCUGCUGCUGCUGUCACGGGCACUGAUCCCGCAGCAGCAGCAGCAGCAGCAGCAGCAGCAGCAGCAGGAUGCAGCAGCAACAUGAACGGAAACAACAAUGCUGUUGCUGGCCUCAAUACACUCAAGCAGCAGCAAGAAGAGCUGCUGCUGCGCAGCACCCCCCGGGACCGCAGCAACUCGCGGGCUGACGAGUGGCUGCCGAUGCGUGCUGAGAGGCAGCAGCAGCAGCAGCAGCAGCAGCAGCAGCAACAGCAGCAGCAGCAGCAGCAGCAGCAACCCUCAGAUAACCAACUCAGACAACUCGGUGUACACUUCAGCCGCUACGAUAACUCCUGGGUAGCCCGUCUCCAUGUCGGUGAGUCUUUGCUGCUGCUGCUGCUGCUGUUGCUGCUGCUGCUGCUGCUGCUGCUGCUGUUGCUGCUGCUGCUAGAUAAACCUUAUCUCUCCCUUACACAGGGGUGA